AUGCACUUUAUAGUCAUUGAAAAGCUUAGACCGGGACAAACGCCAUUUGGUGUUGGACCAUUUGCUUCCCGUCGUUCAACAGUGAUGGGAACAAAAGGUAUUGCAUCAUCUUCAAAUCCAUUAGCAAGUGCGGCAGGAAUCAAGAUUCUUGAACAAGGAGGAAAUGCGGCAGAUGCAGCAAUUGCAGUUGCAGCAGCUUUGAACGUAACUGAACCAUGUUCUACUGGAAUUGGAGGUGAUGCAUUUUGCUUGUUUUGGAAUGCAAAAGAUAAAACUGUUAAAGGUUUGAACGGUUCGGGUAGAUCACCUGGAAAGCUAACUUUGGAAAGCUUGAAAAAGCAAGGCCUGAAACAAAUCCCGCUCACAAGUGUACAUUCAGUUACCGUACCUGGAACGGCAGCAAGUUGGGUUGAUACUCGUGAGAGGUUUGGAUCGGGUAAAUUAACAUUGAGUCAAAUUUUAGCACCUGCGAUUUCCUUGGCAGAAGAUGGUUUCCCGGUUCAUGAAUUCACAGGACAAGCUUGGACAGGAUCAGAAGAAAAGCUUAAAACGUCUUCGCCCAAUGGUGGUGAAAUGCUCUUGCCAAACGGAAAAGCACCAAAAGCAGGAGAUAUCAUGCGUUUACCCAAUCUGGCCAAAACUUUCCGUACGUUAGCAGAAGGAGGCAAAGAAGCUUUUUAUCGUGGUAGAAUUGCAGAAGCAAUUGUGGAAGUAUGCAAAUCUUUGGGCGGUUGUAUGAAAUUGGAUGACCUUGAACAUCAUUUAAGCGUUGGUACGGAGCCUAUUGAACCGAUCUCUUACGAAUAUGGAGCAUCAAAAGAAGGCGCAGGUGAUGCUGUAACACUUCAUGAAUGCCCUCCUAAUGGACAAGGAUUAGUUGCUUUGAUCGCAUUGGGCAUCCUUGAUGCUCUUCAAAGGGAUGGCAAAGUUCCCGAUUUGACAAAGCUGGAACAUAAUUCGCCAGAAUACCUUCAUGCUCUCAUCGAAGCAUUACGAUUCGGAUUUGCAGAUGCUCAUCAAUACAUCGCCGAUCCACAUUACGGUGGUUCCGAUCGUGUGAAAGGGUUAUUGAGUCGCUCUUAUCUGGAUGAAAGGGCAAAAUUAUACAACCCAUCAAAACAAGUUGAAAUCGAGCAUGGAAAUCCUCCUUAUUCAAGUGACACAGUGUACAUGACAUGUUCUGAUUCAGAAGGAAACGCAUGUUCAUUCAUUCAGUCAAAUUAUGCCGGUUUUGGAUCUUGCAUCAUUCCAAAAGGAUGUGGUUUCACUUUGGCAAAUCGUUGUUGUACAUUUAGGUUCGAAGAGAAUUAUCCAAACAGCGUUGGACCACGCAAGAGACCUUACAAUACCAUCAUUCCCGCCAUGGCAACCAAACGUGGACAAGAUGGUAAACCAGAACUAUUCCUUUCUUAUGGUGUGAUGGGAGGAUUUAUGCAACCACAAGGACAUGUUCAAGUUUUGUUGAACCUCCUACGUGGUUACACACCUCAAGCCGCAAUUGAUGCUCCUAGAUUUUGCAUUGGAGCAGGUACACCUGAUCAAGGCGCAAUGGAUUCAACCGUUUAUAUGGAAAACGGAAUUGAUGAAAAGACGAUUGAAGAAUUAAACAAGAAAGGUCAUCUUGCCAAACCUGCAAAGACAUGGAACGAACGUGUUGUCUUUGGACGUGGUCAAAUUAUUGCUCGCAUCAAAACUGACGUUCACCAUUCCACCGAUAAAGGAUGGGCUUGGGCUGCAGGAUCCGAUCCAAGAGCUGAUGGUUGCGCUAUUGCACAAAUUUGA